GUCAUAAGGAAAAAAGAGUGCGUGUGAAAUCCAAGAUCACACGACUCAUGAAAUUAAUCGGGAAAAAAAUUUAUUAGCCAGUAGACAAAAAUUAUCAAGUGAAUAAAAUAUGGAAACAGUUAUCUGAUUAUAAAUCAAUCCCGCAAGCACCCAUCACGAGACUACUAAUUAAUAAAAUAAAGUAAGAGGCGAGGGAUCGUAACAUGGCCCUCAAUGGGCUCCUCCUCCUCACCUCCUCCACGGUGAGUGUCGCCUCCAGGUCACGAAUCAAUCUCCUCGGAGCCAAAAAGUUCCUGGAAGUCGUGGACAAACGGUCGGCCAUGGCUAAUGUCGUUCCUCCCGGUGUCCUCUAUGUCGUCCAGUGGUGUCCUUCCGACCUUCAAGAAACCAAGGGACCUCCGGCCAGUGGUCUCAUGUCACUGAUAUACGGACAAGGGAAUGCCCAAUGCCCAAGUGUGGAUAUUCGCCUUCUGCUAAAUGAAGGCACAGGUCUCUUGGCUAGACCAAAAGUUCCAAUCGACCUCGUCAUGGUGGACGGAUGUCCGAAUCGUAUCUCUCUCCAGUCUGUGAGGUCGUUUGUGAACGAGUGGUUUAGUGUGACCAGGAAGGACUACUCGGUGCAAUAUCUGACCAAAACUGAGGACAUGGUGGUUCCCUCAGCAGAAGAAAAUGGUAGUGACGUAGGUGGAACUCCGAGUGGAGGGGACAGUAGCGAUUUCAGACAAUACGAGGUCGUCAUACUGGGAGGAACGUUUGACAGGAUGCACAAUGCACACAAAAUCCUUCUUACCGAAGCUGUUUUAAUGUGUACCAAAGAAAUCAUUGUUGGAGUGACAAGUGACAACAUGAUUAAAAGUAAACUUCUCUACGAGUUGAUUGAAGAGUGUCCUGUUCGACUGGAAAGAGUGAAAACAUUUCUUGCCGACGUCGCUCCACAUUUGCGACAUCGCGUCGUGACAAUUGACGAUCCAUUUGGGCCAGCGAUAACAGACAAGGACAUUGGUUUGAUUGUUGUGAGCACAGAGACUAUUAAAGGUGCGGACAAGAUCAACGAGAUUCGCAAAGGCAAAGAAUUUCCUCCUCUUGAUGUACAUAACAUCAUUUUGUUUACCGACGAGCUGAAACAAAAUGAGCAUGAGGAAGACAAAAUUAGCUCUAGUUCUCAAAGGAUUCGCAUUCUUGGGGACAGACUAAAACCACCUAGAAAGCUACCCUCCGUACCAUACGUGAUUGGUCUAACGGGAGGAAUUGCCAGUGGAAAGUCAACAUUAUGUGGCUAUCUGGAAACUUUGGGUCUUCCUACAAUCAACUGCGAUUUACUUGGUCAUGAUGCGUACAAACGGGGGACGGCGUGCUUUGAUAAGAUCGUCGAAACAUUUGGAGCAGACGUUCUCACAACAUCAAAGGAUGAGAUUAAUCGAAAGGUCUUAGGCACCAAAGUGUUCAACAAUCCUUCCGAGCUUAAAAAAUUGACGUCGAUCGUUUGGCCCGAGAUUAGGCAGUUGGCACAAGCGCAGAUUAAUAAGUUGGCUUCUGAGGGUCACAAAGCUAUCGUGCUGGAUGCUGCAGUGUUACUGGAAGCCGAAUGGGACGAUAUGUGCAAUGAUGUGUGGGUUGUUGUCAUUCCGAAAGAAGAGUCCAUUCGACGGGUUCAAGCGAGAGAUGGUUUGUCUGCCGAAGAUGCGGAGAAACGUGUUGCGGCGCAAGUUAGUAAUCAUGAGCGAGUGCAACGAGCCAAUUUUGUCUUUUGCUCGCUUUGGGAAGUGGAUUUCACCCGUCGACAAGCUGACAAGGCUUGGAAGGAUAUUAAGUCUAUUAUCGAUACACUUUGAUAUAUAGUAGAUAGUCAUAUAGAUGAUUUCACUAGCAUUUAUACACGACGGCGAGUGGCGUCGCUUGUUAUACUUUCCAGUACGUCAGCAUUAGUUUAAAAUAACACCAAAGUGCAUGUGAAAGUCAGUGGACUUGUAUUUUAUUUGGAAAUUUUAAAAUGUGUGUGAGAAAAACUAAAAUUUGUACAGUGCUACUUCAUGCCAAUAAUCCGGUCUGUGAUAUCAUAUUCAAAAACAAUUAGCUCUUAAUAGGACUACAGUAGUAAGUAGAAGAAGUGAUUCAAAAUAAUUGUGCACAAGAUUACAAUAACAUGCAUGGUAUUGUGUUGGGUUUCAAGACAAUUUAAAUGUCCUAAACAAUACUAAGCUACGGUAUAAUGAAUCAAACACGUGUAUAUGUAUAUUAGUCAUACGAUACGACAGAAUUUAUGGAAUUAUAGAGCAAUCGACUUGCACAAUAUUGUGUAGAAUUGAAAUGCCUAUUUUUUGUAUAUAUGUACAUUGGAAUAUUAGCACACCUCGACUUUUGCUAACACGACGGGGGUGUAAAAAUAAAAGAAAUACCUGCCUAUGUGCUUGUGUAAUAUAGACGAUAAA